ACGUUUUUUGUAGUCGGAAAGCCGGGAUUUUAUCUUCUUUUUUCUUUCACCACUUGACUUUGCCACUAUAAUUGAUAAUGUUUUGUGGAGAAUAAUUUUCAGUGCUCAUGAAAGUAUACAAGAACUUUUAUUUGAUUUCUAAUGGAUCGAGUGAUUAUACUAGAAUGUGUCUUGGCGAGCUUGCUGAGGUUCUGGUUGAGCCAUUCCGAAUAUAAACAAAUAAUUGCUGAUAGAGUUGAAGUCUCAACUCCUGUAAAUUCUUGGAAAAGAGUUUUGGAGGGAUCUGUGCUGUAUGAUGAGGGUAUUGAUCCGUACAAAGGAGACAUUUUUCAUGAAACACCGUUCAUCUUGGUUGUCUCCAAUUGGCUUAUGCAUAACUUUUCACCGACAUUGAUUUGUUUGAUUUUCAUAGCCUGUGAUAUUUUAACUGCUGUCUUACUUUAUAAGACAGCGGCUUUGUUCAUGAAUGAACUAUUUUUAAAGCAAGAAAAAGAGAAGGGUGGAUAUGCGCCUGGCACAGAAGAUCUCCAUGUAACCAAAGAUGACAUCAAAACACCACCUAUUUAUGUUUUGUCUGCAUUUCUAUUCAAUCCUUACAUUAUUUGCCCAUGUGUGGCUCAAAGCACAACUGUAUUUGCAAACUUCUUACUUGCGGCAACAUUGUAUUUUAUGGCUGCACGACAACGAAUUCUAUGCUGUCUUUGUCUGAGUGCGGCCACUGUUCAGUCCAUCUAUCCAAUUAGUCUAAUAGCUCCAAUAUACUUAUAUUUUUACAAACCUGGGCAAGCUGUCAAAACGUUCCUUAUUUUAGUCUCCUACGUUUUAUUAUUCAUAGCAAUCUUUCUCUUUGCUUUCGCUCAGCUUGAUGGUGGCAGUUGGAACUACUUAAAUAGCGUCUAUGGUUUCGUAUUAACUGUACCUGAUCUAAGGCCAAACGUUGGAUUAUUUUGGUAUUUCUUUACUGAAAUGUUUGAGCAUUUUAGGCCUCUGUUUGUAUGUGCGUUUCAAAUUAACGCCCUCUUCUUGUACGUUGUACCACUCAGUUUUAGACUUUAUGAGGAGCCCAUGCUCCUUGCUACGAGUCUUACAGCAUUGUCUGCAAUUUUCAAGUCAUACCCUAGUGUAGGCGAUGUUGGAUUUUAUCUCUCCUUGUUGCCAAUGUGGAAACACUUGUUUCAUUAUAUGCAACAAGGUUUCUUCGUCCUUUGUUUCUUAAUCGGAACUUCAGUAUUCGGGCCCACUGUGUGGCAUCUAUGGAUUUAUGCCAGAUCAGCCAAUGCAAAUUUUUAUUUUGGGGUCACUUUGGCGUUUGCUACUUCACAGAUAUUCCUCAUCACCGACAUCCUCUUUGCUUACAUCAAAAGACAGUUUGCUUUGGCCCAUGGAUUAGAGCGAAUUUUAGAUGGUAAAGAAGCCAAGUUGAUUCUGGAUUAAAUUUAAGUGAUUUUACGAACAAAAUUCUUCUGUUGCAUUUUUCUUUUUUAUGAGUGUAAAUUGUUUUUUCGUCCAUUACCAUUAAUUCUGCUUAAUUUUUCUUUGUUUUGUACUCACGACUUUUGUGAUUAAAGAAAAUUAAAAGAAUA